AUGGGUCAGUGCUGUCCAGGAGUGAGGACCAGAAGAACACGCAACAUGAAGGCGGUCUGUGCGCUCGUUCUGGUGCUGUGUCUUUACCAUGUGUCCACGUCCACGGCUCAGGAGUGCACGUCCAUCCAGGACCUGCUCAACUCUCUGCGUCAGAUGCAGAAGAUGCUGGCGGUGCAGGAGGCCUCGUACCAGCAGGGUCUGAGGGGCCUCAAGAAGAAGCUGGGAGCUCUGCACAACAGCACCAUGGCCUUCUUCAGAGCCGGCAAGAACUUGACCUGUCCAAAGCCCGACCCGCCUGCUCACGGGCGGCGGCUGGGGCGAGUGUUCGGGGUGGGCCACGAGGUGCACUUCAUCUGCAAACCUGGGUACGAGCUGCUGGGACCCCGCACCAGAGUCUGCCAGGAGUCCCUGAAGUGGAGCGGACAGCAGCCCAUGUGCCAGCGCUUUAACUCCAGCUCUCACGCUCUACCCUUCUUCUCUGCUGGAGCGUCUGCGUCGGCCCUGCCCCUGUCGGCCGCACUCUCCGCAUCCUCUUCUUCCUCUUCAUCCUCCUCCUCCCCCUCCCCUUCCCUCACUUUCUCCACCUCUCCAGCGCCCUCGUCUGUGCGCCCCUCUCACUGCACCCACUUCCUGGGCUCCACCCGCUGCACCUGUGACGUGGGCUUCACCAUCUCCGGUCGCGACAACAACAUAUGCACAGACAUAGACGAGUGUCUGCUGUUCCCGCUGGGGCAGCCCGGGCGCCUCUGUGUCCAUCAGUGCAUCAACACUCCCGGGAGCUUCCAUUGCUUCUGUCCCCAGGGGUAUGACCUCUCCACGGACGGACGCAGCUGCUCCGACAUUGACGAGUGUGAGAGCCGCCUGCACAACUGCAGCUCGGAGCAGACCUGCGUGAACACGUACGGAGGCUUCCAGUGUGUGAAGGUGGACUGUCCUGACGUGAAGAACGCCACCUACAUCAAGACAUCUCCAAUGCGCUGUGAGAGGAACCCGUGCAUGCUGGGGGACAAAGCCUGCGCCCUGGCCCCCUCCUCCAUCUCCUUCCACUUCCUGUCGGUGGUGUCGAACCUGUCGGCGCCCCGCGUGCUCUUCCGGGUGUCUGCGGCGCGGGUGCUGGGCGACACGCUGCGCUUCGGCCUGGGCGGCGGCAGGGGGCGGGGCCACUUCAGCGUGCAGAGGUCGGGCCGGCAGACGGGCACGCUGCUCCUGGUGCAGCCAAUCCGAGGCCCCGCCGUGCUGGAGGCCGAGGUGGAGAUGAGCGAGCUGGAGAGGAGCGCGCUGCUGGGACGCUACCUCACAAAGGUCACGCUGUUUGUGUCACCGUACGAUUUUUGA